AUGGCAUUUCUUUAUAUUGAUACCAAUUUACAUAGACUUGUGGUGGUAAUCGAAAUAGUAACUACGGCGGUUGUUGCAACUGAGAAAGUAAAUUCAAUCGUGGAUACCGUAAUCACUUCCUUUUCUACCAACACUUCCUCUUCCACCACCAACACCGGCUUAUAUUUAAGGAAACGAACUAUUUUCGAUUGGUUGGAAAAACGAGUUAAAAUAUAUCAUUUUAUGCUGGUAAAGCACCAAAUAAACCAGGAAAAGAACAUGGAUACAAACCACCCAGAGGUUGGGAUGGUAUAUGAAAGAGGAUAUCCUCAUAAAGAUGGUAGCGUUUGGGUUCCGACAGGCGAAGGAGGUGAUAAUCCUGAAGGUAAAGUCUCAUGGCAGAGCUCAUUGAGAUGUUCAACGUCCCCAAAACAAGAGUGGUAA